AGGGUUUGGGGCGCUAGGCUGUGAGGACGGGAUGCAGAACCCUUAUCUGGGCGCGCUAUUCCAGGAGUGGGUAGCGUUUGGAGCCCGAAGGAAUGGUGUCCCUGUGGGCAGGGAUCCUGGGGCGCACUGCCGGACAGACCUGGGCGUCUGAGAUGGCCUGGCCUCUAGCUGGGCUUUCCCCUCCUUCCCCACCGAGUCUGGGCGCCCAGCCCCCGAGUGCUCGUCACGCUGGACCCUGGCGCAGAGCCCUGGCACCACGACUCGGAGGCCGAUUCUCUCUCCUGGAGUCACCCAGGGGAGAUGGAGCCACCUCAGUGUGUGGAGGAGCUGGAAGAUGAUGUAUUCCAACCUGAGGAUGGGGAGCCGGGGACCCAGCCCGGGAGCCUGCUCUCUGCUGAUCUGUUUGCCCAGAGCCAGCUGGAUUGUCCCCUUGGUCGGCUGCACCUCUUCCCUCUCACCCACUGCUGUGGCCCUGGGCUUCGCCCCACCAGCCAGGAAGACAAGGCCACUCAGACCCUCAGCCCAUCCUCUCCAAGCCAGGGUGUCAUGCUGCCUUGUGGGGUGACUGAGGAACCCCAGCGACUCUUUUAUGGCAAUGCUGGCUAUCGGCUUCCUCUCCCUGCCAGUUUCCCUGCAGGCUUGCCCCUUGAGGAGCAGCCCCCGGAAGGUCAGUGGCAACAUCGCGCAGAGGUACAGAUCGCCCGGAAGCUUCGGUGCAUUGCAGACCAGUUCCACCGGCUUCACAUGCAACAACGCCAACAGAACCAGAAUCGCGUGUGGUGGCAGGUCCUACUCUUCCUGCACAACCUGGGUCUGAAUGGAGAAGAGAACAGAGAAGGGGUGGGUCCCAGGUGAGGCUGGGCUGCCCUCUUUGCACGGGCCAUCAGGAACGCAUGCGAUCUGGACCAGAAGGACUUCGGGGAGGACUGACAUUGUCUUGUGAAGUUGUUUUUGUUAUUAUUUGUAACAGUUUUCUCUGUGUGUACAUACAACGUACCUUGGUGGGGGCCUUCUUUCCACUGUUCAGUGCCUCAGCCAGAGAUGGGGGCCUUUGUCAAACACUGUUGAAAGAGAGGCUGAUGCCAAUCUUCAAUGCAGGAACUCCCCAGGGCCCUGGCAAGUGGGUUCUUCAGCCAGCUGGUCCAGGAAGUGGACUGAAGUUUUUCUACAGGAACUUUGUUAAGAAAUAGGAGACUGGAUUAGCACCUCCCCCUCCCCCGUUCCACCAGACCUAUCAGUCUUCCCUAUGCACUGGGGCCAUGUCCCCUAAGAUCACCUGUUUUAAUCUGCCAGGAUCUCGGCCAAGGGCUUCCCGACUAAGGUUGGCAGUGUUGGCAGGCUAGCCAGCCAGUUCCACAGUGCCCGCCCCAAGGGCUCAGGGAUUCUUGCCCAGACCCUGUCUCCUCCAGCAGACCUCAGGGAGGGUUAGGUUUCUCCAGGGACCCCUCAAAGGUUCCGCUCAUGAACCAAGCUUCUGGAUAGGCCUUACAUCUGAUCUGUGCCCAUGUGGAGGCCCCAGGAUUGGUCCUUAGUUGCAGAACCAUUGCCACUUCUGCUGCCUGGCUGUCAGCCGCAGAUGAGCCAAAGCCAGUCACCAUACUGCACCCACCAGCUCGUGCCUUUGUCAGUUCUGUUUCCAAAAAUCUCAGCCACCUGGACUGCGUUCUUCGCCAGUAGCAUGCUGAAAGACAUAAAAAGACAGGCUCCAAGCAGGGCUGGGAAGAAAUGUGGUGGGCACCUCACUGAUGCAAGUCUGCCCCCCAGGACCCUGGACCCUGGUAUCCUUGGAAAAACAUACCUCCUCCCCCUGAACCCCAAUUCCUUUUUUCUCCCCUGCUGGGAUACAGGAAGAAGCCAGGACUGUGGCUUUGUCAGUGGAAAAGUGACUUCUAGAGUAAUAGACAGUGGUUAGAUUGUGGGACUGUCAAAGCUGGGUGCACAUUGCCCAUGUUCCUCCAGCUUCCAGCUAGGCGGGAGGGCACGCUCUGGAGCUCAGCAGGGUCCCAGCUGCCUCUGAACUUCACCCUUCUCUUUCUGCUGUGGCCCUAAUAGAGGGAAUCCCAAGCAGCUGAUCUGGCAGCUCUGAUAGCAGACCCAAGGAAUCUGUUAGCCAGACACCUAGAAGUUAAGUUACAAUUUUUGUAUAUGUAAGAAAAGACAACAUUGGUGCUAAAGUUGAAGCAAAGCCCAAAGAAAGGCAGAGAAGACCCUGGCUGUACUCAAGAAAAUCAAAGGAGAAGUGCCGAGUAAACUUUCAAAUCUGAACAAAUCUAAGCUCCUCCAGUUCUGCGGUCUUUAGUACUGUUGAAGGACAAUUGGUCUGGAUGUACAGUUGGGAAGGUUGUUCACUGCACAGGGGGACCUGCAGAGGGAGCUAAAGGAGGCUGAAAUCCAGCCUGCUUUCUGCUCUCUAAUCUGUGUGCACUGAAGUGAGGCUGCAUUGCUCAGUUGGGGUGUCUUUCCUUAUUUGUAUGGGGUACCACAUGUGCUCACAGGGUGGUUCUGAGAAGGACCUCCCAUUGUACAGAAGCCUUUGUUUCCUUCUGCUCAGAUGAUUGGAGAUAUUACCUCUUCUCAGCCAGAAUCAUUUUCUCAGGGUGUGUAAUGUGGUUUGCCUGCUAAGAAGGGUUCCUGCUUACAAGGAGAAGGAGCCCAGAGAAUGGAUAUGAAGAGUGGCUCUGCCACACACUGGCCCUUGUGAAACCCAGCCUUCCUACCUGUCCCAUACUGUGCGGUGACUGAGAGGACGCAGGGUUCUUUCCCUCCCUUGGACCCAGGCUGUGAUAGGCAGGCUGCUGGUGGAUGCCGGAGAGGUGUCCCCAAAACACAGGUACAUAAUUGUUUACACCAGCCACGUUUAGCUCCUCUCUGCAGACUCCCCACCAGAGCUGAGGGAGAAGAUGGUUCAGACCUCGGUUCGGAGGCAAAGUCGUCAGCUUCAGAGCCCCUGGCAGCCCAGGCUGGAUGUCCAGUAUCCUGUUGUGAGAACUGAGCCCAGCAGAAUGUCCAGCCUGCGGCCUGGUAGAAGUCAGUCUCACGGCACUGUCUCCACACAGUGCCAAGCCAGGAUUAAUUCACUGUCUUAGGCGGGCCAGGGCAAAAUUUAAGCACCCUCCUAUUCCUCCCUCCUGAAAAAUGCAGUCCCCAAAAUAGGACAGGGAUAGUGGAAAAUCGCUGGCCUAGCAUGUGAAGCAGGAGGUAACCGGCAGCAGAGCCCCAAGAGAGCACGUUCCCCCUGGCUGGCUGUUUUAAUUGGCCCAGUGAUCCGGACUGGCCCCUUCCCCUCCGCCUGGUGAAUUGGCCUUCCAUUCCUCAAGUCCAGCCUCAGGAGGUGCCCCUCCCCCUGCUUUCAUCCCCGCCCCAGGAGCCCGGCUCUCUGGUCUGGAGGUGGAGACUUAGAUUGAGAGGGAAGGAGAGUCUGACCUGGGUCCUGACCUCUAACCGGCUGAGGCAAGUGGGGCUUUUGUAGAAUGCUAAGGGGUUUGGGAAGGAGAGAGCUGGCCUCAGUGGCGGGAUGCCCUGGAGGAUGAAGAGCCUGGUUUGCAGGGUCCAAACACCCCUUCUAAUUCAGAACCCCCAGGGCUUUCUAGGAGUGGCCGCCAUAACCGAUCAGGGACACCAGGCUGGAUGUUGGCUCCCGGUGGUGAGGCUGCAGCACGCGGCCAGGCCUCUGCCCCUGCCUUGCUUGGUUUGGAAUCUGGCUGCUGGACUCCUACCCCCGCUUCCCAGGAUCAGUCAGAAGUGCAAAAAGAUCUCCCAGGGAUGCAGCUCAGCCCCCAGGGAUAUGGGGCCGUAUCCAGGGCCUGGCUGAGUGUCUACUCUCCCUGGCCUGACCCUGGGUUUGGCAGGGAGGGGCUUGUGUGGGACGGUCCAGCCAGGGCUCCCAUCCUGCAGCUUUCCAGGAAGGCGGCUGUGAGGCCACUGUGACUGUCCAUCAGUAAGAAGCGUGCUAUCCCUAGAGGGCUUGUCUGUUCUAGGGACCUGAUGGGGAGGUGGAGGUCAGGAGAGCCCAAAGCAGCAGAAGGUUCCAGUCUCAGGGUCCUGCAGGAUCUCUGUGAUGGUGAGGUCCCCUACAGGCUAUCUUGGCUGACCUGGCAGGGAGGGGUUAACCUGUGAGCCUUUGAAGCUUCCAGGGGUUGCUGUGGGCUGCAGCCUUGAGGGACCAGCUUCUCUAGAUGCCCAGUCUUGACCUAGGUGCUUAAAACUUGCACGCCCCUCUGUGCAGGUGGCCAGUGCCUCCCUCUACUGCUCCCUGGGUCCUCGGGGGCUGCCAGGAGAGACCCAGUGACAUGUAGCGUUUCGUUUAUCCCCAGGUUGAUUGCCCUGGUGUCUGGGCACUCUGCCUCUGGGGCAGGGAGGGGAAUGGAGACCCAUUCCUUUGUACCCUGUGCAGAGUGUUUGGUUUUAUGUUCUUCACAUGCAUAUAUGUGUAUGUGUGUAUAUAUUUCCCCAUCAACUGGUACAAUUUUUAAUAAAACCUUUUAAAACAAA